CACGUCGCCCGCCGGCGCGCCGUCUUCGUCCUCGAUCUCGUCCUCGGUCGCGCCUACCGGCUCUUCCUCGGCGGCCACGGGUAGCGGCCGUCCCGGCCUGGGCAGAGGUCGGAACAGUAGCAAAGGACUGCCUCCGUCUACGAUUUCUUUUGACGGAAUCUAUGCAAACAUAAGGAUGGUUCAUGUACUUACAUCAGUUGUUGGAUCAAAAUGUGAAGUACAAGUGAAGAAUGGAGGUAUAUAUGAAGGAGUUUUUAAAACAUACAGUCCUAAGUGUGAUUUGGUACUUGAUGCUGCACAUGAGAAAAGUACAGAAUCCAGUUUGGGACCAAAACGUGAAGAAAUAAUGGAGAGUAUUUUGUUCAAAUGUUCAGACUUUGUUGUGGUACAGUUUAAAGACAUGGAUUCCAGUUAUGCACGAAGAGAUGCUUUUACUGACUCAGCUAUCAGUGCUAAAGUAAAUGGUGAGCACAAAGAGAAGGACCUGGAGCCCUGGGAUGCUGGUGAACUCACAGCGAGUGAGGAACUGGAGGCUUUGGAAAAUGAUGUUUCUAAUGGAUGGGAUCCUAAUGACAUGUUUCGAUAUAAUGAAGAAAAUUACGGUGUAGUAUCUACGUAUGAUAGCAGUCUAUCUUCAUAUACGGUGCCCCUAGAAAGGGAUAACUCUGAAGAAUUUUUAAAACGGGAAGCAAGGGCAAACCAAUUAGCAGAAGAAAUUGAGUCAAGUGCUCAGUACAAAGCUCGAGUGGCUCUGGAGAAUGAUGAUAGGAGCGAAGAAGAAAAGUACACAGCAGUUCAGAGAAAUUGCAGCGAACGUGAAGGGCACAACACAAACACUAGGGAAAAUAAAUAUAUUCCUCCUGGACAAAGAAAUAGAGAAGUCAUAUCGUGGGGAAGUGGGAGACAGAACUCACCACGUAUGGGCCAGCCUGGAUCGGGCUCCAUGCCAUCAAGAUCCACUUCUCACACUUCAGAUUUCAACUCGAAUUCUGGUUCUGACCAAAGAGUAGUUAAUGGAGGUGUUCCCUGGCCAUCGCCUUGCCCAUCUCCUUCCUCUCGCCCACCUUCUCGCUACCAGUCAGGUCCCAACUCUCUUCCACCUCGGGCAGCCACCCCUACACGGCCGCCCUCCAGGCCCCCCUCGCGGCCAUCCAGACCCCCGUCUCACCCCUCUGCUCAUGGUUCUCCAGCUCCUGUCUCUACUAUGCCUAAACGCAUGUCUUCAGAAGGCCCUCCAAGGAUGUCUCCAAAGGCCCAGCGACACCCUCGAAAUCAUAGAGUUUCUGCUGGAAGAGGUUCCAUGUCUAGUGGCCUAGAAUUCGUAUCCCACAACCCCUCAAGUGAAGCAGCUCCUCCUCCAGUGGCAAGGACCAGUCCUGCAGGAGGAACGUGGUCCUCAGUGGUCAGUGGGGUUCCAAGGUUAUCUCCAAAAACUCACAGACCCAGGUCUCCCAGGCAGAAUAGUAUUGGAAACACUCCCAGUGGGCCAGCGCUUCCUUCUCCCCAAGCUGGCAUCAUCCCUGCGGAAGCUGUUGCCAUGCCUAUUCCAUCUGCCUCUCCUACACCUGCCAGUCCUGCAUCCAACAGAGCUGUAACUCCGUCCAUUGAGGCUAAGGAUUCCAGACUGCAAGAUCAAAGACAGAACUCUUUGGCAGUGAAUAAGGAAAAUAUUAAGGCCAGUGAAACAUCACCUAGCUUUUCAAAAGCUGAAAAUAAAGGUAUGUCGCCAGUUGUUUCUGACCAUAGAAAACAGAUUGAUGAUUUAAAGAAGUUUAAGAAUGAUUUUAGGUUACAGCCAAGUUCUACGUCUGAAUCUAUGGAUCAACUACUAAGCAAAAAUAAUAGAGAGGGAGAAAAAUCAAGAGACUUGAUUAAAGACAAAAUUGAACCAAGUGCUAAGGAUGCCUUCAUUGACAAUAGUAGCAGCAACUGUACCAGUGGCAGCAGCAAGCCAAACAGCCCCAGCAUUUCUCCUUCGGUCAUUAGUAAUGUGGAGCACAAGAGGGGGCCUGAGGUCACAUCCCAAGGAGUGCAGACUUCAAGUCCAGCCUGUAAACAAGAGAAAGAUGACAAAGAGGAGAAGAAAGACGCAGCCGAGCAAGUUAAGAAGUCAACAUUGAAUCCCAAUGCAAAAGAGUUCAACCCUAGGUCUUUUUCUCAGCCAAAGCCUUCUACUACCCCAACUUCACCUCGUCCUCAAGCACAACCUAGCCCAUCUAUGGUGGGUCAUCAACAGCCAACUCCAGUUUAUACUCAACCUGUCUGUUUUGCACCAAAUAUGAUGUAUCCUGUCCCAGUGAGCCCAGGAGUGCAACCUUUAUACCCCAUACCCAUGACGCCUAUGCCAGUGAACCAAGCCAAGACAUAUAGAGCAGGUAAAGUACCAAAUAUGCCCCAGCAGCGGCAAGACCAGCAUCAUCAGAGCACCAUGAUGCAUCCAGCCUCUGCAGCAGGUCCACCCAUUGUUGCCACCCCACCAGCUUACUCCACUCAGUAUGUUGCCUACAGUCCUCAGCAGUUUCCAAACCAGCCCCUAGUUCAACAUGUGCCACAUUAUCAGUCUCAGCAUCCUCAUGUCUAUAGUCCUGUCAUACAGGGUAAUGCUAGAAUGAUGGCCCCACCAGCACAUGCCCAGCCUGGUUUAGUGUCUUCUUCAGCAACUCAGUACGGAGCUCAUGAGCAGACACAUGCAAUGUAUGCAUGUCCCAAAUUACCAUACAACAAGGAGACAAGCCCUUCUUUCUACUUUGCCAUUUCCACAGGCUCCCUCGCUCAACAGUAUGCACACCCUAAUGCCACUCUGCACCCACAUCCUCCACAUCCUCAGCCUUCAGCUACACCCACUGCACAGCAGCAAGGCCAGCAUGGUGGAAGUCAUCCUGCACCCAGUCCUGUGCAGCACCAUCAGCAUCAGGCUGCCCAGGCUCUUCAUCUGGCCAGUCCACAGCAGCAGUCAGCCAUUUACCACGCAGGGCUGGCACCAACCCCACCUUCCAUAACACCUGCCUCCAAUACACAGUCGCCACAGAAUAGUUUCCCAACAGCACAACAGACCGUCUUUACCAUCCAUCCUUCUCACGUUCAACCGGCAUAUACCAAUCCACCCCACAUGGCCCACGUACCUCAGGCUCAUGUACAGUCAGGAAUGGUUCCUUCUCAUCCAACUGCCCAUGCGCCAAUGAUGCUAAUGACGACACAGCCACCCGGCGGUCCCCAGGCCGCCCUCGCUCAAAGUGCACUACAGCCCAUUCCAGUCUCGACAACAGCGCAUUUCCCCUAUAUGACGCACCCUUCAGUACAAGCCCACCACCAACAGCAGUUGUAAGGCUGCCCUGGAGGAACCGAAAGGCCAGAUUCCCUCCUCCCUUCUACUGCUUCUACCAACUGGAAGCACAGAAAACUAGAACUUCAUUUAUUUUGGUUUUUUUUUUUUUAAAGAUAUGUUGAUUUCUUGUAACAUCCAAUAGGAAUGCUAACAGUUCACUUGCAGUGGAAGAUACCUGGACCGAGUAGAAGCAUUUAGGAACUUGUGGGUUGUUCCAUAAUUCCACACGCUGUUUCAAAGUCCCGCAAGUACCCCAGCUCUGCUUGCCGAAACUGGAAGUUAUUUAUUUUUUAAUGGCCCUUGAAAGUCAUGAACAACACAUCAGCUAGCAAAAGAAGUAACAAGAGUGACUCUUGCUGCUAUUACUGCUUUAAAAAAAAAAAAAUCAAGACUUGGAACGCCCUUUUACUAAACUU